AUGCAUAAAACGGAUUCGGGUUUUUAUGUUAUCGACGUUUUGCCACUACAUAAUACUAGCAAACGUCCAUUCCAUCUCGAGAAAAGGAUGAAAUCCAAGAAAUCCUUUUCCUCAUACGGACAUGGUCAUGGUGAUGAUAAACUGCUUCAAUAUAGCCCAUAUGAUGCUCAAACGAAAAGAGAAGCUAUCCUUGAACAAAGGCGUCUUAAGUUAGCUCGCCAAUUCUUGCACGUAAAAGAUGUUCUUAUUAAACAACAUCAGCGUGCUCUUAAUGAUUCUUCUGCCAAGAGAUCACAAAUUCAACAAACUUUGCGGCUCGCUGAGAAGAAUAGGAAUACCAUCUUGCAACGAUUGGUUGAACAGUGCGCCCAAGAAGUUGCUAGAUGCAAAGAAGUUGCGCGUCAACAACAACUUAAAAACCAAGAGGAAAUUGAUAGACGACGUGCUGAUUUAGAGCGUCGCCAAAGAGCUACCGCUGCUCGUCGUGCCAGACUCCUUACAGUGCCAAAAUCUCGUAUUUUCUCUAACGAGAUGACUAUUCCUCCUACUCGUGAAGAAGCUGCUGUUAUUAUUCAAAACCAUUGGCGUUUCAGACAAUUCUCUAAAGUUAUCAAAACUUAUCGUAGCUUUGAUAUUUCCGUUCACACCAUUGAAAACAUGUCUUUUCAUGACACCGUAGGAUUGUUACAAAAACCAGCAGUUAUUCAAGCCACUAGUAGAUUAUUACAGGAGGUUCGAAAAGCUUCUCCUUUAACAUGUGGUACGAACAAGUAUAAAAAUCCUGCUAGAGUGUUUUUAAGUGCUUACAUGAUCGUGUCCCAUACCAAGGAAAUUAUUGUCAAUAUCGGUCAUCAUGAAAGGAAUCUCUUGACGUCGGCCAAGGUUAUGUUGAGAGAAAUUGAACAAUGGUUCUAUGAGAUAAGCAAUGAUGGACCAAAUAAAAUUUAUUAUGGUCAUCUCCUCAGCUUUCUUUCUGCGUGGGAUACCUAUUAUAACAAUUUCAAUACUUGGAAAUCCAAGGAUAGUCAAAAACUCGCUAGUAAUCUUAUCGCACAUUAUAUGGAACUUGAAAAAUUGUGGAAUACAGUUAAAACACAGGCUAAUGCAGAAACCGAGUGGAGAAUGAAUAUUGUAUAUCAACAAGAGGAGAUUAGACAUAAAGUUAGGAACUUGGGUGGAGAUGAGGCGAUUUCCAAAUUGGAACGAGUAUUGAGAAGAUUAAAAGCAAAACUUCCAAAUGAAAGUGGCGACGAAACUAAAACAUCAGAUUCUGUUACUGGAACUAAUAAUGGGCAAGGGAAUGAAGUGAUCAAAGAACAAGAUAUGUCGAGUUCCCCACCGCGACAAAAAUUUGUUCCUUCUGCUUUGGCCACUAAUGUUCCUAAUAAAUUGGCACAGAAUUUAUCUCAAUCAAUUUCCAAAUCAUCUUCGCCCACGACUUCUUAUUUUACGUUUUCUCCUAGUACUAGUCCUCCGGUUUCUCCGUCGCAUUCUUCGACGAAUCUUCAUCGUAUCAUGCAAAGUUUGGGUGCUCAUGAAAGAUACGAUCUGACUAACGAGCAACUUGCACAUGAAAUUAUUAUUGAUCCUGAAUUUGAGCUACAACCUCCAAAGAGGACGGAAUUAGAAGAUCGUGUUAGAUCUAUGGCUACUAAGGCAUUCUUCGAUUCCGCUAGAACAGAUUUUGAAAAAGGAAAAUACGACAUUUGGAUUCCUAAUCUCCUCGGCGAUGUUAAAGAGCGACUAUUUGAUUUGGUUCCACCAUCUUCUCCGUUGCAUUCAUCCAUCAAUGAAAUCCUUGAUAUUGAUUUGAUUAAACAACAAACCAAAGCUGGUGUAUAUAAUAUUCGUAAUUGUAUUGUUUAUAUUACCAAUACUAUGUUACAAAUUUGUGCACCUGUCCGAGAUGAGCAAAUUCAAGAACUUAAAUAUGUAAAUGAUCUUGCAGAGAUUUUUAAGCGUAUAUUGGAAAUCAUGGAUCAAAUGAGGUUGGAUCUUACUAAUUACCGAGUUAAGGCAUUUAGGCCUUAUUUGAAAGAACAUGCUGUUGAUUAUGAAAAACGCAAAUUCGAACAGGCGUUGCAAUCUAAUCGUUUGACCCUUAACCAAACUAAAGCUUGGUUAACUCCAACUAUUGAUUCAUUGUUGUGUACAGUUGCAGAACGUAAUCCUGAGAAUAUUCAUCUCCCACAGCAUAAACAUAAUCAUGGUAUCAAAUUUGGUCAAGUAUAUAAUGAGGCUUUUGUCUCAUUUAUUUUCCAACAAUCAAUUAUUAACAAAAAUAAUUGUCCCGAAACAUUUAACCUUGAUGUUGAAAGGCUUUGGAAUUUUCAAAACGAAGGCCAGGCCAUUACUAUCGCGGCUGCACUAUUGAUUCUUACCAAGAACGUGGCUAGCGGUCAUGCUAACGCUUCAUCCACCGACGAUAACCUUACUAAAUUAAAGGAUACUUUUUUUGUAUUGUUGAUGGAUGGUGAUACUACUAUCGAUAACUUAUCUGCAGCGAUUUUAGAUUAUUUUCCAUCAUCUCUUUCUCCUGAAACUCAAACCCUAGUUAAGUCAAUGGUUUCUAAGACACUUUCCCAAUCUGACAAAGUUUUUUCAAUCUUGUCUCGUCGAAUUCAAAGUAUCAUUAAGCAACAUCUUCAGACAGGCCAAUUUCCUAAAAGCGAAACAUUGGCUCAAUAUGGCGUAUUCACUGUGUCGAAGGAAUUGGAACAACUUAGUAAGAAAAUUUGUGUUCUAGGAAGGUAUAAUCGUGAAGUUUAUGCUAGUUGGUAUGAUACUAUUAUUAAAGAAUAUUUGGAUGAUGGUAUAAAUCAGGUCUAUUGA